UUUUGGUGGAAAGGUGCCUGAAUCGUUCUACCUGAAGGAUGAGUUCAUGCAUGAAGGCAGACUGACCGAGGUCAAUAUAGGUCAUGGGUCAAACUUAGAGCUUACGUACGAUGUCAAGGAGGAAGGGCAUGUACUCAAGUGGGAGUUUAUGACAAGACAUAACAACAUUGGUUUUGGAGUGUUCUACCAGCCAUCCCCAGAUACCAAGAGAGCGCACUGGGAGGAGGUGGUGGAGAGAACAAGAUGCUCAUGUCAUCUCGUACCGGAGAUUGGAGGAUACUCUUGUGAGAAGCUGGGAACGUAUAUUGUCCAGUUUGACAACAGUUUCAGCUGGAUGAGAGGUAAGAAGGUUCUGUACCUCAUCGAGAUACAGAAGGAAGGGGACCAUGAAAGCUAGAAGGUCUCAACUCCAUCAUAGCCAUCAUGGGAUGGAAGUAUUACCCAUGUACCUCAAAUAGCACACGAUAGAGCUGGAAGAAAAUGAACUCCUGAAUGCUAAAAGGUCUCUAGUCCAUCAUGUUUAAUAUACAAAUACUGCUAGAAUAUACCUCAAGCAACAUAAAGAUACCCAGUUCUGCUGACAAUCAGAAAGGCAUUAAUCCAUGAUAGCUAGAGGGUCUCAACUCCAUCAUUGCCAACAUGGGAUGGAACUAUCACCCAUGUACCUCAAAUAGCACAAGAUACACGAUUCGGUUUAGAGCCAGAAGAACAUAUGAGAACUAGAAGGUAUCAAGUCCAUCAUUGCCAUCAUGGUUAACAAAUACAAGUACUGCUAGAAUAUACCUCUAGCAACGUAAAGAUAUAAAAUUCUGCUGACAAUCAGAAGGGUAUUAAUCCAUGAGAGCUAGAAGGUGUCACAUCCAUGUAUGCCAGCAUGUACUUCAGUCAAGCAAUAUAUACAGUACAUGUACAUGUAAUUAAGAUACAAGAUUCUGCUAAAAGCCAGAAAGGUUAUAAACUGACGAGAGCUACAUGUAGAGGCCCUCAAGUCCAUCAUUGCCAACUUGGGUUAGAAGUACCACUAGCUUAUAUAUUGUAAGUAACAACAAAUACUAGAUUCUGCUGAGAGCCACAUGGGCAUUAACUGAUGAGUGCUAGAAGGUCUCUAGCCCAUCAUUGCCAACAUGGAAUAUAAGUGCCACCACAGCCUGUACCUCCAGUAUAACCAAGAUAACUAAUAUUUUAUGAUGAGAAGCAGAAGGGCUUUGACAUGCUUCCUUUCUUACAGAUUAAAUGCCCUCCUAUCUUUCAACAAACUACAUAUAUGUAUGAAAUACAUGUAGAACAUCCUUUAUGCAUGUAUUAAAACAUUCUUUAUACAUGUAUUACAUAUUGCCAUUUCCCUUUUUGCACAAAACUUUUCUGCUGUUGGUAAAACGAGAAAGUUACAUUAUUUUUUUAAGUAUACUUUUAAAAACACUCGUUAUUGAAAUGUCUGUGUAAUAUACACUGCCAAAUAUAUUCCAAUAAAUGAUUAUCAGAUAUAGCCAAACAAUAACAACUCUACAUUUGGAUACAGACUGAGUGCACAUUGCAUAUUGAUUGGUUUUACUCAUUGUUGAACACCAACAGAUGUUAGCCCACCGUAAAUUGUAGCCAGAUUUGUGUGAAUGAAAGGUUUUGUUUUAUGUAGCCUGAUCAAUUUAGUAGUAGUAUAUACAUACAGUCUAAUGUACUUUAUUGACCACAUGUGUUGAUAGACCACCCUUGAGAGAGAUGCUAAAGGAACCUGUUCAUAAAGACCACCUGGCUAUAUUGACUGCAUUUCUUGUCACUGCUGAGCGGUCUUUAUGCACAGGUUUCACUGUAUCACAAGUAAUCAAAAGGACCCUGAACACAACAAAUAUCUGCCUAUAAAGACCACUUUUCUUGUCUCUCUUUGAGUGGUCUUUAUAUACAGGUUCCAUAGUAGCUUUUUCUGAAUCCUGAUUAGUUUUGCCCCUAUAAAUUUGAACAAAUGCCUCUUAUGUCGAAGUGCCACAGCUCGAAAUCACUAAGCUACCGGUACUUGACAGUCUUAUUUCUAUAUAAAACUUGAAGGAUGUGUUUGUGUGUAAUUGGGUUUUUACAGAUGUGUAUCAAUUAGAUAUGAUUAUUUACGU